GGGGAACAAACAACCCUGCCAGCUGACUGGUAUAGGAGACCUUUAAUGCAGCUGCAGCUCUUCAUUCAGAUGCUGAGUGGAGCAGCGGACGGCUGGAGGAGGAGGGACGCUUUUCCAGGAAAACCAGACACAGCUCUAUUCUAAUCGCAUUUUUGAAAAGCCCACUUUGAUGCAUAGUGAGGGAGUUUCCCUCUCUACCUGAGAUAUUUAGCUGGGGGAAAGCGCCGUCCUAGAUGCAGACUGAGCGGAUUGCGGCAAUCAAAGCGUCCUGAAUGAUCGGAGCUCAGCAGCAGCAGCAGCAACAGCAUCACAUUGUAUGAAAUGCGUCACCGCGAUCCAGUUUUCCCAUUUACACACAUCGGCUCGCCACUCACGGACCGCUUCCCGCACUGACUGUUUUAUCAGGUAACCACAUGCGCGGGCCGGUGUCACCGCGCUGAGCCCGGAGAGCACGAAGGGUACAGGGGUCAGUGAGACUUGGAGUGGCCGGGAUGACAGCCAGAACCGCCGAGGCCUCGGGGCUGUCGGUGCCGCUGCACCGCUGUCACGGGGGGUUCCAGGCCAGUAACGGCACCUGCGCGGAGCAGCUCAGCCUCUUUCCGCCGUUCUCCUCCACCCUCGCGCUUCUCGUGCUGGUGGCCGUGCUCGUGGGGAUCGUCCUCGUUUCCCUGGCAACCUUCCACUUCCACAAGAGGAAGCUUCGGAAUAGGAAGAUCCAACGCGCGCAGGAGGAGUACGAGCGCGACAGUCGCAACCCCGCGCGCGCCGGGGCGAGCGGGGAGCCCGUGAGGCCGUGCGUCAUCGUCCGACCAGUGAGAUGUGAGGAGAAGCUCUCGUGUCAGAGCGCGGAGAGCGCGGAGAGCGGGGACGUGGAGGCGGAGGACAAACAGGCGCUGCACGAGACAGUUUCUCUUGACUGUUAACUUAGUGCAACUUCAGGGAACGAGACUGUGGAAUAAACAGGAAAAGCAAUAAGGCACAAAGAACUCCCACACCCCUCUGCUGCUUGUAGAUGAAUUAGGAAAAAAAA